AUGGAUACGAAGGGUUUCAACUCCAGCUUCAUUGACAGUAAUAAAAGGGACAUCUUCACUUCCGACUAUGCCAGAAUUCUCUUUAACAUCUGGUUUGGAUUGGUGGCCACGGCUGUCCUGACUGUGUGGAGCAUGGUCUCAAACAUCGUCAACAUCACAGUGUUUGUGAAGCAGGGUCUGAAAGAGCGGGUCAAUUUCACCCUGUUCUGCUUGUCCUGCAGUGAUUUCAUGGGCGCCUUCUUCGUCACGUCCAUGACCCCGGGCUUCGCAGGCGACGUGCACAUACUGUCCAGCACCGUCGAGAGCUCAUCGUACGUCAUCUACUUGUCUUGGUACAGGACGGCAUUUGUUGACCUCUCCACGGCCUUGACCGUGUUCAUCGCUAUCGAACGCUGCUCCUGCGUCACCCGGCCGCUGCAUUUUAACUCGUCCUUUGUCGCCAUACACGGGCAAUCGAUAGUAGUAGCGAUCAUACUUUUUAUGGUCGCUAACUACCUACCACUUCUGUCCACUUUUGAUUUCACCACGCUGUUGAACUCUGACACCAAUUCAAGUCUUGUAAUAACCGUUUAUUCAGAGCUCAACAUAGCCGUUCAGCAGUACAACGAUUUUGUGUUUGGCAUCUCUUUGGCCGCGAUCUGCCAAAUCGUCAUCUUCGUCUGCGCUAUUCUUAUGUACAAAGGGCUUCAGAAGUCUUCAAAAGUUCGCAAUGUCAGCAACAUGAAGGUGAGAAAAAACGUAGCUGGCAGCAACGGCUUGUCCAACAAAGAGAGACGAGUGGUCAAGAUGAUCUUGGUCUUAGCGAGUCUGUACAUGGUGUCAGCACUUCCGCAGAUUGUCUUCUGCUGGGCCAGGGUGCUGAUUCCGGAACUCCCACAGAAUAAGAUUGGAAAUCUUCAUAUGUUGCUGGGAGCCAUCAUUUACUAUACAGCGGCGACGUACGGGGCCUUUAGUAUCUUCAUCUAUUUUAACUUUAGCUCUAGCUAUAGAGCUGUCUUUCGCCAAAUUUUGAUGACCAGCUAUUGUGCUAAGAAAGAAACAGAUACAUAG